AUCACAAUUCACAAACACUGAAAUCUGAAAGCAUGUUUCCAGAUGGAUUCAUUGGAUAAGAGGGUUAACUAACAUCAAAUUGGGUUAAGAUGAAAGAAAUUAUGUCUACAGAAGUUCUAAGAAGCGACACCGAAUUCGUCUUUACAAUUGAAAACAGAGAGACCUCUCCUGUUGCUGUGGUGUUCCCCCCUAAACUUCUUUAACAUAUAUGAAUGCCUCCUCACCUUUUAACUGCUUUCACCAUGGGAUGAUCCAAAUGCUGCAGCUGACAACUUCUGAUUCCAGAUGCAACUUAGAGGUGAUGCGAAUAAAAAGACAUCGUAGACAUUCUCGCUUUCUCUCUUUAUGCUCGACUGCAGCAGAAACUUUCAGAAACAGGAAACUCCGAGGAAAAUGUAUUCUGAGAGAGAAGUAACCCCUGAUGAAUGUAAAGAGCCAGAGAAUGCGGACUGCGGAGUGCAUGGUAUUCGUGAAAGAAUCUUCCCAUUUAGAUCGAAUAAACUGAGGAAA